UUCUCUGACAGUUCAUCACAAAGAAGAGGAGCGUGUCGUAAUUAGAUGAUCACAAAGGCUAAUUAUGCAUGAGAUAUUAUUGCAUAUUUACAUGUGUCUCUCUCAGCCACAUGCCAUGUUUGAGCCCACACAAGUACACAACAUGCCGGCCCGGCCGAGGCGCACACAUAUAUAGCAACCAUGAGAGCCCCUUGCUGCUACCAAUCUAUCAGCAACAUUUCUACAUCUUUCCUGAGCCAGAAUCAAGAAACGAUGCAAGGCCCUAACGCCAACACGAGCAAAAACACCAUGGCAUUCAAGCAAUACUUCCUCAAGAACCUGUUCCUGAGCCUCCGGGCACGCACAGAGGCAUGCUCCUUCCACGCCAUGAGCCUCCGGGAGAGGAAGCGCGCCGUCAAGUCCUCGGCCGACGUCGCCAUGGCCGCCGCGCGUGGCGCCGGCGCGAGGUGGCCCAAGGCCAUCUUGGCCGCCCCGUCGUCGUCCAGCCCGUCGUGCAAGGUGAGGAGUAGGUGCAGGAGGGUUGUGAGGAGGUGGCGCUGCCACAAGAAGAGGAGAGGCGAUGCUGAUGCUUUUGGUAGCGCGACGAGCAGCGACAUUGCAAGGAGGCUGGUGAAGAGGAGGACCAUGGCGCUCAGGAAGGUGAUACCCGGUGGGGACGCCGCCAUGGACGAGGCCUCGCUGCUCCGUGAAGCCAUGGACUACGUCGUCCAUUUACGCGCCCAGGUCGACGUGCUCCGCCGCGUCUCGGAAGCCGUGCAAAGAUCCAGCCGCCUCCGGGGUUCUUGUUCUGUGUGUGCAGUCAAAGAAGAGGAGCCUUCAAGUAUGAAGGAAUGUGGUGAACUAGUGAUUGAUGGUUCAGAAGAGGAGGAUCGUGUGCAUGCAUUUGGAAAGGAAACCAUGGCUGAUAUCUGAUGGUGAUCAGGGCCAGAUCUGUCAGCUUGAUCAGCAUUUUGUCUUGUUUCUUUCAGAGAUGAGUGGGGACUUGCUAGCGGAAAUGGUUCCUCUGACAAAGUCACGGUGAUUUCAACGUUAGAGGAUCCUCUCGCCUUGUUAGCUACCUAGGCCGUGGACCCGUGGCAAUUGUUGUACUGUGAGGAAAGGGACACAUCAUUGUACAUCAAGAGUGAAAUGGAAACUUGGGAUUAUCUACUGCCAAUUUAAUUUAACUUGUGGUGACUCAUUCCCAAUAUCAAAGGGAAAAACACCCCCUAAGAAC